ACAGCAAAUAGAGACAAGAAAACGACAGUACACAACAGGACAUCGCUGUCUUGUCCUUCCAAUUCCUCCACCCCACCCCCACACAUUUACACAUUUGGGUAACAACAAUUUGUUCUUCAAUGUCCAAAACAUUAAUCAAGAUUCAAUCUCUUUGCCACUGGAGCUCAUUUUAGUGGAAAUUAGUGUUCUGGGUCACUCUCAUUUUCUUGAAAAAACUCAAGAUUUUUGUGAUGAAAAUGUACUCUGCUUUGGGCAUUGAAGGAGAUGGAGGAGUUAGUGAAUAUCAUCAUUAUCUUCAUAAUCUACAGAAUUCAUUUUCUGGGGAAAUGGCAAAUUUGCCAGGGGAUGCUUGUUUGGUUUUAACGGCGGAUCAUAGGCCUAGGCUCCGGUGGACGGCGGAGCUACAUGAACGAUUUGUUGACGCCGUCACACAACUCGGUGGCCCUGAUAAGGCAACGCCGAAAACAAUUAUGAAGGCAAUGGGGGUGAAAGGACUCACCCUAUAUCAUUUGAAGUCACACCUCCAGAAAUAUCGCCUCGGGAAGCAAUCUAAGGAGGCAGCUGAGAACUAUAAAGAUGAAUCAUGUGUGGCAGAGAGUCAAGAUACAACUUCCUCUGUGUCGGGUUCAUCAAAAGUAGUUGCCCAAGAUAUAAAUGACUGUGGGUACCAAGUUACGGAGGCUUUUCGAGUACAGAUGGAAGUUCAGCGAAGACUACAUGAGCAGCUAGAGGUACAACGCCAUGUCCAGCUUCGUAUUGAAGCACAGGGCAAGUACUUGCAAACGAUACUCGAGAAAGCAUGUAAAGUUCUUAACUACACGUCAGUGGAAUCGUCUGAUCUAGUCACUGCCAGGGAACAGCUUUCUGAAUUAGCAAUCAAAGGCGCGAACAACUGUGAUGGGAUUGUCCCAGUUUCUUCAUUACCUGAAGUUGUUACAAGUUUUGAGAACAAAAAUGCUUCCAAUAUGCCUGCUAGCAUUGAUGACUGCUUGCCAUCGAGCAUCGGUGCUUUAAAGAAGAGACCACGAGCUUUAGCUAAUGGGGAUGUCUUGCCUGUGGAUAACAACAUGACACAAGUGCAAUGGAUGACUAAUUCCUGAGUAAAGUCGGUUGUAUGAAUCUUCACUAUCCAUGUUGUUCCAUUUAAGCUCAUUAUGUUCCUCCUCUAUCUGUUUGAUGAUCUAGAAAGAUGAGACAUGUUGAAUUCCACAUGCAACUUAGCUUGUACAUUAUUUGAGUUUACUUGUUUGUACAUUCUCUAAGUUUUAAUCAUUUCAAGCAUUCUUCUGCA